AUGACGGACGUCCUGUCAGCCCCCGCUGCCACCACUCUGAACCAACAGGCCCCUGCUACGACGGUUAACGAGACCACUGUUGAGAAUGGUGUCCCUGUUGUGCCUUCUGCGAACGAUUCUACAAUCGUGAGCAACGAGAAGCCUGCGGCCGUCGCCCCUCCCUCAUCGGCCGAUGACGAGCCCCUCUUCUCUCCGUCUCUCAUCUCGCCCGAUGUCCUGUCCGCCCUACCGGAAGGCUAUACGGCACGGCCACUGCGUCGGUCAGACUACCACCGGGGCUACCUGGACGUGCUGCGGGUGCUGACGACCGUCGGGGACAUCUCGUACGACCAGUGGGACGAACGCUACAACUUCAUGAUGCGACGGAAUGACGAGUACUAUCUGCUCGUGAUAUGCGACGGCAGCGGCCGCAUCGUCGGUACGGGAAGUUUGAUCGUGGAACGCAAGUUCAUCCACGAAUUGGGACUUGUCGGCCAUAUCGAGGACAUUGCUGUCGCGAAGGAUCAGCAGGGCAAGAAGUUGGGACUGCGGAUCAUCCAGGCUCUCGAUUACGUUGCGGCCAAAGUCGGUUGCUAUAAGAGCAUCCUCGACUGUUCCGAGAUGAACGAGGGCUUCUACCUCAAGUGCGGGUUCAAGCGUGCUGGUCUUGAGAUGGCCCACUAUUACUGA